UGCAAGUGAAUCUGAAUGGUAGAGUCCAUGAACGACAAAUGCUAACGGCGGAAGAAAGUGGUCCCCCAAAGCGCUGCAACGCGAGAGAGCCUCCUCUGCUACAAUGCGCAGAGCUGGUGCUACCCUACCUUAACCCUUCAGAACUUGCCAACGUCUCUCUCACCUGCAAGCCACUUUUCAAACUCUCUCGCACCAUCACCAUCCGCCGCGCCUCCGACGCCUCCAGAACCUUCGAGACCCUUCCGAUUCCGUUCCUCAACACGGUCGAUUCCCACCCAUACGCGCCCUUCCUCUACACGCGUUCCCUCGUUCUCUCCUCCCCACUCUCCCUCCUGCGCCAGCCCUGGGGCUCUUCGGCAGUUUCCCCCUCCGCGCAGUCUCGCCUUCUUAGCGCCGAGUCAGUGGGCUUCGUCGAUGGCGAGGGCCGGGCCAUGUCGGGCUGCGAGUGCGAGGCGUGCGAUGGCGGUGAGUGUCCUUGUGCUGGCCUGGAUGGGCUGGAUGACGUUGGCAGAGAGUGCGGGCCCGGGUGCUGGUGUGGGCCUGAGUGUGGGAACCGGUUGACACGGAAUGGGGUGGCGGUGAGGGUGAAGAUUGUGAGGCAUUGGAGGAAAGGAUGGGGGUUGCAUGCGGAUCAGUUAAUCGCGAAAAGUGAGUUUGUGUUUGAGUAUGCAGGCCACCCCAGCUCUGGUGUUUCCAAUAAUGAUAUUAAUCUUAAAAUGACAGAGUUAACUGGUAGGUCUCGACCAAGGUUUUAAAUUGCAGUUGCUAUCAUGGUUUCCUUGUGAUCCUUGACAUUUGGAGCAUGCGCGACUCGAGCCAGUGCAGCUACAAUUGUGGUUGCAUAGCCCAAAAUUCCAUGCUUUUGUUGCUGAAAUUAUGGUGGUAGACUGUUUUCUAAAAGUAUUAACAAAUCUAACAUGAAGUCUAUUAUGUGAUUUUAGUUUAGAUCUUCAAUUAAAAUUAGAGUUUUCUUAUGCUUAGGACU